AUGCGCAGCUCAUCGGCUUGGCUAAGUAAGCCGUUUUUAACAUCCAUUUUUCUAGGAAUAGGAGGGUUUCUUUACGGCUAUGAUUCCGGCAUUAUUACACCCAGUCUAGCACUGAAGUCUUUCUUAACAUACUUUGGAAACCCUAACGCGCCUUUAAGAGGUGCUAUUGUAUCUGUGUAUCAAGCCGGAGCAUGGCUUGGAAGUGCGUCGGUCGGAAUCACUAGUGACCGCCUCGGUCGCCGGCGGGCUAUCGCCUUUGGUUGUAUUUGGGGGGUCAUUGGCGGAGCACUGAUGGCGGGAGCCGCUCACGUUACCAUGCUGAUCAUGGGUCGUCUCCUUGUUGGAUAUGCUGUUGGUACAAUUACCGGCGUAGCUCCUGUGUUCGGCGCAGAAAUUGCUAAAACUCACGAACGAGCUAGAAUCACCGCCGUUAACCAGAUGAUGGUCGCCUGGGGUUUCUUUGUGGCCCUAUGGACCGGAGUCGGCGAGGGGAAAUGGCAUAAUCCCAACCAGUGGAGACUCGGGUUCGCGAUUCAGAGUAUCCCAGCUCUCCUCCUCGGCGUUGGGGUACUUUUCCUAGGAGAAUCUCCCCGAUGGCUAUGUCUGAAAGGCCGCGAUGAAGAAGCCGAACGAGCUUUCCGAAGCUAUCACUUUAAUGGCUCCAAUGAUGAAUGGUGCCGUACCGAAUUCACCGUCAUCCAGGUCAACAUUGCAGAGGAGUUGCAAGCUCAAGGGCGGCUUUCGUGGGGCGACUUGUUCAAGACGCCUGCCUUCAGGAAACGGCUUUUUGUCGGAUCGUUCGUAUGGGCAGCCGCCAUGCUCUCUGGAAUAUCUUUCGUUCAGUAUUACCAGACUGCUAUUUAUGCCACUCUCCAGUUCGGCCAAGACCAACAGCUGCUCGUCAGCGGCCUGUACGGGUCUGUUGCACCUGUUGCUUGUAUUAUCUCUCUUUUCUUUGUCGACCGUGUGGGACGCAAGAAGAUACUUAUCUGCAGCUCCUCACUUCUCUCAGUUUGCUACAUGAUCAUUACAAUUCUCGCUGCCCUGUAUCCAGCGCGACCCGGGUUCCCUACAAACGAGGCAGCUCAACGGGGCCUCAUCGCCUGCAUCUUUGCUGUUUCGGCCAACUAUUCAGCGCUCUUGGGGCCGAUGACAUGGAUUAUUCCGCCGGAAGUCUUUACCACCGAACUGAGAGCCAAGGCCAACGCCAUCGUACAAGUAAUCCAUUACUCCAUCAGCUUGAUUAUCACCCAAUGUUCUCCUAUUGCUCUGGCUGAAGUCGGAUGGAAAUAUUACAAGCAGAUCCUCUUCAUCCUAACUAACGCCGUGUGUGCUGUUGUAUUCGCAUUAUUUUAUCCAGAAACAAGGGGAAAAUCGCUUGAGGAAAUUGAUGAGAUCUUUGGGGAUGUCAAGGUUGUUCGCGGUGCCGAUAUUGACAUCGUUGAAAAAGCUUGCGUAGACGAGAUAGACACCCCCCAGAACACUAAAGCAUAG